CCUGGCCGGGGGCUGAGCCACCGCAGCUCCCCAUCCCCACCUGGUUCCUCCGCCUGCCUUGGGAGGGAAGGGGUUAAGGUGCAACCCUGGCCUCGUGUGGAUGAAUGUUUCCCUCCCGGGCGCCCUCCCUCACCUGCUGACCGGCCGGGUGGACCUGCCGUCUCACCCUUCUUUGUGUGCUGGGUACUCGGGGCCUGCAGCCCCCACCCCUCCCACCGCCACCGCUGCCGGGGAGAGGAGCGGGGGCGUCGGGAGCAGCUCCGAGCCCCCCCGCCGAGCACAGCCGGGUGGGUUUUGAGCAUCGGGCCCCCCCCGCCCCUCACCUGCCCCCCGGCCCGUUUUGGCUCCAUACCACCCAACCCCAGCAUGAAGACGCUCCAGGUCCUGCUAACGUGUUUGACUCUGCCGCUCGUCUCACGGCCAGCUUCGGGAGGAUCGUGGUGCUAUGAUUCCCAAGACCCAAAGUGCGGCCCCGCUCACUGGAAAGACAUUGCCAAGGGCUGCAGUGGCGAUGCCCAGUCGCCCAUCGACAUUGACCGGACGAAGGUGCGGCGGGAUGGGGCCCUGGGGCCCCUCCUCUUCCAGGACUAUGACACGGCCCCUCCCGGAAAGUGGCGCCUGAUGAAUAAUGGACACACCGUGAUGCUGAGCCUGGAAGGGGCGCUGGGUACGCCGCAGAUAGCGGGGCCUGGGCUCUCCGACCCCUAUCGGGCCCUACAGCUGCACUUCCACUGGGGAAGCGCCACGGGUGAUGGCUCCGAGCACACCGUGGACGGACGUCGGCACGCUAUGGAGAUGCACGUGGUUCACGUGAAUGCUCGAUACCGGAACCUAGAGGAGGCCAAGGGGCAGCGUGAUGGGCUGGCCGUGCUUGGUUUCCUGUUUCGCGUGAGGACCGGGGCGACGCUGGGUUGA